AUGUUCGGAAUUCUAACUAUUGUUUAUAUCUUAGUACUUCUUGGCAAUGCCUUCUGCAUCCUUAAUGAAGAGCGAUUCUUAAACAAUCUUGGUAUCAGCAAAAAGAGCAAGUAUCCUGCCUUACAACAACUUGCUGACCUUAUCAAAACAGUCAAAACCGUAUUUAUCAUUCCCUUAAUCUUCGCCAACUCACUCUUCAUGGUCUAUGAAGUACUUCUCGGCUAA